AUGGAAAUGCUGGGAGAAUGGGAGACAUAUCAGAACAGCAAAAAACUGAUUGAUGGAGUGUAUAAGGGCAUUCCCAUGAACGUCCGGGGUCAAGUGUGGUCAGUCCUCCUGAACAUCCAGGAAGUUGAGACGAAAACCCCCGAAAAUACAAGGUACCAGGUCAUGAAGGAGAAGGGCAAGAGAUCCUCUGAACACAUCCACCAGAUCAACCUGGAUAUGAGCUGGACACUAAGAAACCACAUCUUCUUCAGGGAUCGAUAUGGAACCAAGCAGCGGGAACUAUUCUACAUCCUCCUGGCAUAUUCAGAGUAUAACCCGGCGGUGGGCUACUGCAGGGGCCUGAGCCACGUCACUGCCUUGUUCCUCCUUUAUCUGCCUGAGGAGGAUGCAUUCUGGGCACUGGUGCAGCUGCUGGCCAGUGAGAGGCACUCCCUGCAGGGAUUCCACAGCCCAAAUGGCGGGAUAGUCCAGGGGCUCCAAGACCAUCAGGAGCACGUGGUCCCCACAUCACAAGCCAAGACCCUGUGGCAUCUGGACAAGGAAGGUCUGUGCUCACGGUGUUCCUCAUUCAGCUGGCUUCUCUGGAUGCUGAAUACUGGGAUCUUUCUCGAGCUCAUCCUGCGCCUGUGGGACAUAUAUUUGCUGGAAGGGGAACAGAUGUUGAUGCCGAUAACAAGCACUGCCUUUAAGUUUCAGAGGAAUAAGUCCACAUAUACGUCCAGGUCUGGCCUGCAGGCACGUUUUCGAGACCAGUUCUCCCAUAUCUGGGCCCUGGAUGAUGACACUGUUCUUAAUCAUCUUUGGGCCUCUAUGAAGAAACUAACAAGGAAGCAUGGGGACCUGCUACCCCCAGCCAAACCCGAGCAAGGGUCCUCGGCACCCAGGUCUGUGCUGGCUUCACGUGGCAGGAAGACCCUCUGCAAGGGGGACAGGCAGGCCCUUCCCGGCCCACCAGCCCAGUUCCAGCAGCCCAUUUGGUCAGCUUCCCUACCUCGUCCCACACCCUCUCCUAGUGGGGCUGUCCAUGAGGGCAGCAGACCACUCUCUGGGGGCACCCGGGAGUCAGGACAUGCCCAGCCUGGCCCCGGCUCAGGGGGGACUCGGCGUUCCUGGAGACUCCUGGAGUGGAACUUGAUGCCCCAGCUCCCGACAGACCUGGAUGUGGGGGACCCUUGGUUCCCCCAUGAGGAUUUCAAACAGAGCUGCUGGGUCCGCACAAUUUCCCAGGAGGAUCUGCUGGCCACCUGCUGGCAGGCUGACCACACCGCAGAGGGGUUGAGAUUGGCUUUCAGUGCACACAGCACUGCCUCCGAGCAGGACCCCCCAUUCACAGCUAGGGACAAGCAGCAGUGCUCCUACCUCAGGGCCUUGGCUCUGCCACCUGUACUUUGAAUGUUCUCAGUUCCCUCCAGGCUUCUAGCAGCAUCUGGGCCAGGGCUCAUGGCUGGAUAAGCACCCGAAGUCCCAAACAAGUUUCCCAUCCUCGUUUUAUUUUUUGUUAAACUUAUGAAAAUUUAUUAAGAUAUGACUUACAUCCCCGGUAAGUGCAUAGCUCAAAAGACAUUCAGAGAUGGAACACACCAGCCCCCAGAUCACAAAGCCAACCAUGCCCAGCCCCUCCCAGCACCCCCAGCCCCAAAACCAGUGUUCUGACUUCUGACAACACCAUGAGCCUGCCUUUGUACUUUACACUCAUGGAAGGAUAACCACCUUCAUUUGUAAAAUAAAUGUUACUGUUG